AUUAUAGUGUUUUUAGACUUGGAUGCAUGUAAACCUACAGUAGGAGACCUCAAAACAAAAUCAAAAAUAAAAAUAACUUUUAAAACCGCAUAAUAGGGGCACUUCAGAACAAUUUGUGAAACAAAGAACUACAUAUUCCCACAACAGCUAUAUGUGUCAAGUAUUCAGUAAACAGCUGUGGAGGAAGGCUCCUUCCGAUUGAAACUUGGCAACAACUAACACAUUCCUCAGUGUGCUUCAUUUACUGGAGGACAGGCAUGAAUAAAACUCUUUGUAAAAUUAUGACAGAGCAUAUAUUGUUAUUUCUAAGACAGUGUAUAUAAAUUCCACAGAUUUAUCUGGAUCAUUUACUGGGCCCUGUACUACAGAUUGAAGUUUGAAAGAAUUUAUAUGUAUUUGGUAACUUAACAAGAAGCGAGGUAAAAUUGGAGCUGCAGAAGAUCUGAGAGGUCACAACAAGCCUGUUGAUGAAGAAGAGAAGAUCUUUAGUUGAAUCUCGUGAAGAAGUAAUAAAGCCAUAAUAAGUCAAGGGUGAUUUGUUCCUUAACUUUGUUCUUCUUUUGAAUCAAAAUGAAUUCUGAAAGUACAAGUGAAGAUGAACAACUAAAAUGCAUACUGAUCCCAUUCCUUAAAAUGUCUGGAGAACAAUUAGUCUGUACACCAGAUCAGGAGUUUGAUGGCUCUCUCUGUGAGUUAAUCGACAGAUAUCCGUCUGAAAAAAAUGCACAUUAUCCUGAUAUAAGGAUAAGAAAAUCUUACAUAAUGUCAUACAACAAUGAAACCAAGAAUGCUAAAUGGGUGUAUGAGAUACUGAACAAUGACACUCUGAAGAUCAAUUGUAAGGAGAACGGCAGCUUUGGAAAGAAUGAAUUUGAGGGCUAUGAACAGGGUCAUCUUGCUGCAGCUGCCAAUCACAGGUGGUGUCAGGAAGCCUAUCAUGACACUUUUUUGAUGAGCAACAUGACACCACAGCUUGAGAAAGUAAACAACAGUUUUAUGAAAAUAGUUGAGAAUUUUUGUCGAAAAAAAGCUAUAGAUGAAAAUGUCCGUAAUGUCCAUGUGUACACUGGACCACUUUACCUGAAGUUUGUGCGUGGAAAGUAUUUUGUGCUUGAGCCAGAGAAAGAAGAGAAACCAGGGAAAAAAAUUCCAACUCACUACUUUAAGGUGGCAUUUGUGGAGGAUAAGAAUGGGAAAGUAAAUUUGCAUAGCUUUGUAGUGCCCCAAAUUGAAAAAGAGGAAAAGGAUUUUCCUGAACCUAAAGUUGAACAAUUUGUGUGUGAUAUUGUGAAAAUUCAGAAACUCUCAGGGCUGAAAUUCAUGGAAAGCCGUAAUGAGAACACAAUGGGGAAGAUAAAGUCUAUUAAAUGGGAGGGAGAAGAUGAAAAAGGAAUGCCAUGUAGUGUUAAAAUAAAAGUCAGAAUAAUCUCCCCACAUAAUGAGGAAUGAUGGUACUGAUAGUGCUAUGUAUCUGAUGUGUGCAGUAAAAUACUUUAUUACCCUGAUGACACUGAAACAGCUGUGUUUGAUCUUCUUCAAAAGUUUGACGAAGCUUGCAGUUCUAUCUGGUUAAUAAUCCCAUACAUGUACUCAUAUAGAUGCACAGCAUUUAAAGAAAUGCUAUCUCAUCCUUUCAGAAAUGUUUCUCAUGAUCUUAAACAUUUUGAUCUGACAGCUUAUGUUUAAACGAUUUAAAUUAAUUUUGUAGACAAACAUGUUUAUAUAUUUAUUUAUUUCCAUACAAAACAAAAUUU